GAGCCGGGAGGACAACCGUCUGGGGAAGAUCAGAAACCCUGGGGCCACGGAGGGGCCAGUGGGUGCCCCUUUCCCCACCGUGCCCUGCCGUCGUCCCCACCCCAUUCCCUUCUACAGGUCUGAUGGUGGAGGAGCGGAGCCUUGCCUUGGCUCUGACUGUCCCAGGGGAGGAGGUCAAAUUCCUCAGCUCACCAAGACUGGCAACAAAAGCCUGAUCCCCUGGAACGCACCAGGCCUCACCUAGAGGGUCGGCCGCUGGAUCACAGGAACGGCCCUGGCCUGACUCACCCAACAUGGAGGAGGUAUCUGGGAGAGCUCCAUGUGAACACUUUGAGGCCAACAUGCUCACCCAGAACUGCUGUCAAAACUGCUUCCACCCUGAGGAGGCCCAUCGAGCAAGAUACCAGGAGCUCAGGAGCCCUUCGGGUGCUGAGGCACCCUACUGCGACCUGCCUCAAUGCCCACCAGUCUCUGAAGACCCACUUAGCUCCUCAACCUCCGGCUGCCAGCCUGUGGUGGACCCAGGCCUCAGGCCAGGCCCCAAGAGGGCCCCAUCCCCCUCAGCAGGGCUCCCGGAAGAGGGCCCCACAGCCACCCCCAGGAGCAGGAGCCAGGAGCUUGAGGCGGUGCCCUAUCUGGAGGCCCUGACCUCUUCCCCGCGAGGCAGCGGCAACGAGGACCCCGGCUCUGACCGCAGCUCCAGCCCUGACUCCGCCACCCCUGAUGAUACCAGCAACUCGUCCUUUGUGGACUGGGACACUGCUGAGAGGCAGGAGGGGGCCCUCAGCUGGGACGAGCUCAAAGUGAUGAUCCCGAGGCAGCCUCAGGAGGGGCCGAGAGCCUACAGCUCCCAAUGGGCUCCAUCUCUCCUCACCAGAUCCCCCGUGAGAGGAGACGCUGCAGGCCAGAAAAAGGAGGACACCGGUGGUGGGGGCCGGAGCGCAGGACAGCACUGGGCAAAGCUCCGGGGAGAAAGCGGGUACUUCUCCCUGGAGCGGCACCAGCCACCACUGACCCAGGCUUCCUCCAUGACACCACACAGCAGACCUCGAAGCGCCACCCCCCAGGCUUCCCCCGGCCAAAGGGACAUUGCCCAGGCUGCCUCUACACAGCAUGACACCACCCGAGCCUCCUCUCCUCACCAAAUCACCCAAAGGGAUGCCCCCGGGGCCUCAUCCACACAGCAGGAUACCUCCAGGGCCUUAUCCACACAGCGGAACACCCCCAGAGCUUCCACUCCCUCACGAAGCACCCAACAAGAUAACCCCAGAACCUCAUCCAACCAACAAAAUAAUCCUCAACUUUCUUCUCCCCUAAGAGCCACCCAACAAGAUAACCCCAAAACCUCUUUUACCCAGCAGGACAACCCCCAAACUUCUUCUCCUGCUUGUACUCCCCAGCGGGAAAACCCCAGAACACCCUGUGCCCAACGAGACAAUCCCAGACCUUCCUCUCCCAACAGAACUACCCAACGGGACAACCUCAGAACACCCUGUGCCCAGCGGGACAAUCCCAGAGCCUCUUCUUCCAACAGAGACAACCCCAGAACACCCUGUGCCCAGCGGGACAAUCCCAGAGCCUCUUCUUCCAACAGAGACAACCCCAGAACACCCUGUGCCCGGCGGGACAAUCCCAGAGCCGCCUCUCCCAACAGAGCCACCCAACGGGACAGUCCCAGAGCCUCAGCCACCCAACGGGACAAUCUCAGAGCCUCCUCUCCCAACAGGACCACCCAGCGGGACAAUCCCAGAACACCCUGUGCCCAGCGGGACAAUCCCAGAGCCUCCUCUCCCAUCAGAGCCACCCAAAGGGACAACCCCAGAACUUGUAUUCAGCAGAACACCCCCAGAUCAUCUACCCAACAAGACAAGCCUAAAACUUCUUGUACCAAAUGGGAUAACCUCAGACCCACUUGUACACGACGGGACCACACACACGCCCUUUCCUUUCAACGAGACAACGCCGGAACCUCCGCUCAGUACGGCGCCCAGAAGGAGAAUCUGAGACCAUCAUCUCCUCACCGCUCCACUCAGCGGAACACUCCCAGGAAUUCGUCUCCCCAUCGGACUAACAAAGACAUCCCCUGGGCCUCCUUUCCCCUCCGGCCAACUCAGAGUGAUGGUUCACGAACCUCUUCCCCAUCUCGCUCCAAGCAAAGUGAGGUUCCCUGGGCGUCCAUUGCCCUCCGGCCAACCCAAGGUGACAGGCCUCAGACGUCAUCUCCCAGUCGGCCAGCCCAGCAUGACCCACCCCAGUCCUUCUCUGGCCUCACCCAGUACAACUUGCCCUCAUGGGCCACCUCUUCCUCCCAUAACCCAGGCCACCAGAGCACCUCCCGGACUUCCUCGCCUCUGUACCCCGCUACCUGUGGGGCUCCCCUGACCUCUUCUGAGCCCUCCCAGCCUCCAUGUGCUGUGUGCAUUGGGCACCGGGAUGCCCCCCGAGCCUCUUCACCCCCUCGCUAUCUGCAGCAUGACCCCUUCCCCUUCUUCCCAGAGCCCAGCGUCCCUGAGAGUGAAUCGCCCCACCAUGAGCCUCCCUAUAUACCACCUGCCGUGUGCAUUGGACACCGAGAUGCACCCCGAGCAUCCUCACCCCCUCGCCACACCCAGUUUGACCCCUUCCCCUUCCUCCCAGACAUGUCAGAUGCUGAGCAUCAGUGUCAGUCCCCCCAGCACGAGCCCCUUCAGCUUCCCCAACCUGUGUGUAUUGGGCACCGAGAUGCACCCCGGGCCUCCUCCCCACCACGCCAGGCCCCAGAGCCUUCCCUCUUAUUCCAGGACCUCCCCAGGGCCAGCACCGAGAGCCUUGUCCCCUCCAUGGACUCUCUGCACGAGCCCCCCCACAUCCCCACCCCUGUGUGCAUCGGGCACCGGGAUGCACCGUCCUUCUCGUCCCCCCCACGCCAGGCUCCUGAGCCAUCCCUCUUCUUCCAGGACCCCCCUGGAACUAGCAUGGAGAGCCUGGCCCCCUCCACUGACUCUCUGCAUGGCUCCCCAGUGCUGAUCCCCCAAGUGUGCAUCGGGCACCGAGAUGCACCCCGAGCCUCCUCCCCACCCCGCCACCCGCCCGGUGAUCUAGCGUUCCUGGCACCCUCACCUUCCCCAGGCAGCUCUGGGGGCUCCCGGGGCUCAGCACCUCCUGGGGAGACCAGGCACAACCUGGAGCGGGAGGAGUACACCGUGCUGGCCGACUUGCCCCCACCCAGGAGGCUGGUGCAGAGACAGCCAGGGCCCCAAGCGCAGAGCAGCAUCGGAGCCCGUACCCGCAGCCCCGGCCGCGCGGAGGUGGAGCGCCUCUUCGGGCAGGAGCGCAGGUGA